AUGCAAACGACUACGGCCGGCAGUCGAGACCCUCAGCACUCUGGCUCGCCUCUGGCCCUCAGCGACAGCAACAGCAACAACAACAAUGACGAUGCUGAGAGCAAGCGCCGUAAGGCGACUCAAGCCUGCGACUACUGCCGACAAAAGAGGACCAAGUGUGGUCCCAUCCCCCGCGAGGAACUCGACCCCGAGGCCCGCCAAGCCGCCAUUGACCAUGCCUCCGGUCGCCAGAUCGUGAAACCAAAGCCGACUCGGAACAUUGGCCCACUACAGCCGACUCACUAUGGCAACCUGCGGCCUCGCUUCAACACCCUCCGGAACUUCUACCCACUCCAUCACUCUUACUUUGGCAACCCCAACCAAAGCGAUGACCCAAUGCGUAGACUGAUCGAAGAGGGGCACACCCCAUCCAUUGAGGCAUCCAGCAUACGACCUGCUUCAGCCCGGGGUGACCUGUGGCGGAAAGAGCUCACUGACCACCUGGUCGAGGUCUUUUUUGAGCACUGUUUCCAGGAUUUUGACAACUUCGACCCCAAGGAGUUUCUCAAGGACUAUGCUGAGCGAAAGAUCAACCCGUCUCUACUUAAUGCAAUCUGUGCCGUCGCUGCCAGGUUCUCUGACCAUCCCGACAUUGUCCAAGUGCCUCCAUAUCUCUCAGGAGAGCCGUACGCCGAAAAAACGAGAGAAAAGAUCAUGGACCUGAUCGACGAAGCGACAAUCAGCAACCUCCAUGCCCUCUUCAUCCUUUCUUUCUACGAGUACAGUGCAUGGAGCGGGCCGAGAGGUUGGCGUUUUGGAGGUCUGGCCAGCAGGAUGGGAAUUGAGCUCUACCUCCACAACCAGCGCGACGUUCCGACUUUAGAGGCGGAUAGGGUCAAGUUCGAAACCAAGUGCAGGACAUUUUGGAAUCUGAUCCACAUCGACAUUUUUUCAGCAGCAUCGGUAGGUCUACCAUCGAUUCUGGACGUUAAGCUGUACAACAUUCAGCUCCCCGACUAUCGGCCAGAUUGGUGGGUUGAAAGGCAUCAGGAAUUGGAGGCGGCGAUCAUUGGCGAGUUGGAGGAGGAGGACAGUGACAUCCAGGAGACCAUAUCGACUCAGCCGGAGACAACGCCCAAAGACCCAUUUGCAUCCAGGAUCUUGACCAAGCUGCAGGAGACGCGACGGCUUCGAGGCCACGGACCGGCCAAGUAUCUCUUUGAGCCGAUUGAGUUACUUUUUCUGGUGUCGCACUACAUCAACGGUAACACACUCGAAUCGGACAAAUGUCCGAGUGACCCCAGCUCGGAGUUUGCAGUUCUAGAAGGACGGCUGUCGACUUGGAUCAAGACCAUUGGGGAGGAGGUUCCAUUGACAACCAAGGAGCUCGUUGAGUCGGAGGAGAAUGUUGCGUAUAUUAUCCUGACCUCCUACAUGACUGUCAUUAUGCUCCACCGACCGAUCUUUGCAUUGGAGAAUGUGGUCGAUACGUCGUUUGUUGACCAGUCGCGAGUGCGGUGUGCAGAGGCCGCUACAAAGAUCGCAGAGAUUGUCGAGCAGUUUAACGAGAUUGACAUCAAGUAUCGAGGACACCUCUUUGUCUUUCAAGUAUUCACCGGGGCCGCUAUCCAUGUAACCAACGUUUUUUCAUCGGAUGACGCCUUGGCAGCCAACGCCAGACGCUGCCUCAACGUCCACCUCAACUUUUUGACAGUCUCCAGCCCUCACUGGACAGUCUCUGCUCGCCUCUACGCAAUCCUUCAAGACCUCUAUUCUGCCCAAGUGACAGUCAACGCCAAAAGCGAAUCAUCAACAGUGACAUCUGCCGCGACACCGCAGGACAGAUCGGGGUCCGAAUCGCCAUCGGACAGGGCGUCACCAUCUGGAGCAGGACAUUCGCCCAUGUCGGUGUCCUUGGAGAGUGUGCGCAUCGAUCACACCUCGAACCAUCAAGACGGCUCCGAUACGAAUACAGCGUUGACUAAAGAGUGGCCUUUGAUUAUGCCCCCAGGAUCCACAGCGUCGAGCAUGGACAACUCUACAACUUUUGGUGAUUCUCGCAGCGAUGGAGCUUCUGUUCGACGCGCUUCAGGGAUCGGGUUUGAUCACGAUGAGGCUGAUCAAGGCGAAACGACUACUUUAGCAGGCAGCACCACCAAGAGGCUGUCCAAGAAGGUGAAGAAAAUGCCGCCGCUCUCUCGCCCGAUCUUGCCGCGGCCGCUCAUAUCUGGUACCUCGACAACACAACCGGCACCAGAGGAAUCUAUGGCGAUGGCAGACUCAACAUCAGGGUUGGCAACUUCAACAGUGGCUCCUCAUCAAGGCGCAGCAUCACCCACCGUCACAUCGACGACGAUAAUGGUCCCGCCUGGACCUUUUUCACAGCCGCCGCCACAACCACCACUUCAUCCUUUGCCGCUACAGGUCUCGGCGCAGAAUAGCCGCCAUCAGCCACUACCGAUUCCCACCUCGCUUCACCCCUUAGGCACUCCGCCACACUUGCUACCAGAUCUGGAGUUCAUUGACUCUUAUAGUCUCGAGAAACCAAUGUCGACGCUGCCGCCGCCCUACCAUGGACCCCACUCUCACUUGCGAGGACAUGAGCAUCAGCUCCUGCAGAGAGUAUAUACAUGUAAUGUCAGCAGCGGCCAAACGGCGAUCCCGAUAUCUAAUGAAUCGCCGUCUUCAUCGUCGUAUAACCUGUACGAGCAAGGCAGGACUACAGCAUCGACGGCGACCUUUGCAGCCCAGCCGCCCCCUCCUUUGACGUUUAGACGUGUAUCGAUGCCGUUUAAACCGCUCUCAGACUACUCAGGACAGCCGACCUAUGCUCCUCCUCAUCUUCCACCACACUGGAAUGCUGAGGUCGUAGAUAACUAUCCACCAACCUUUGAAACUCACAGUCGGACUCCCCCUUCGGGUUUCCUUCCUCCUCCUUCACUCCAUUCGCAUCCCGGAUUACUACCAUCAUCAUCCUCGUCAUCUAAAGCAGCAGGAGGAGGGGGAGAAGGCUUCUUUUCCACGGGAAUCCCUAUAGACAACGAGUGGAUCGUAGACCAGGAUAUCGCGUUUGGAAGUCGAACCGCUCCCUGGCCAACAGAGAUCGUCCACGGGCGAGUCGGAGCUCGGGAGGGGAUGAUCGAGUACCAGCAUCUACAGAAUAAGCAGCAGGAGUAUAUGUCGACGCGGUUCAUGAGACAAUUGCCCGUAAUGGACCUUGGAACUAUCCACCCGUCUCUGACGACUUUAGCGCUGAAUCCUCAGCUAGGAGGGUAUGGUAGCAGUGCUAGUGAUGGAGGUGGUAGUGUAGGGAUGCAUUCGUUUGUGGAGACGUCGUCGUCUGCUGGAUUGGCGCCGUUUGUUCAGCAGCCACAACAACUAGUGCAGCAAGCUACUCAUCUUCAGUAUCCUGCGCAUGGGUCUGUCAUGCAGCCGCCCAUGCAGGGACUUUUUCAGUUCCAAGCACCUCAGCAACAUCAGCAACAUCAGCAACAUCAGCAACAUCAGCAACAUCAGCAACAUCAGCAGAGCCACCAACAACAUCAAUACCAACAGCAGCAGCAACAGAACCCUUCACAAACCUAUCAGCAAUACAACGCACAAAUGGUAUCCAAACCAUCACAGCCAUACUAG